UUUUUAAACAAAAAAAAUCAAAUUCAGGCGCCUCUCUCUCUCUGUCUCUCUUUCUUUCCCUCAAACUUCUCCAAUGGCUUCCACAUUCAUCUUCCCCCCAAAUCUCCAUUCGCUCGAAGAACAAAACGAACUCAACAAUCUGUACGCUCUAAAUCCUACUAAUCUUACUUCCUUCCGUCCUUCUGAUCUCGAAGAAUUCGUUAAAGGUCUUUCAUUUGAUUUAUCGGAUAAAGAACUGUUUUGCGUUGAAGAACAAGACGUAUUUGAUCGAGUUUACUCAGUUGUGAAAUAUUUUUCUUCACUUACACCUGCUUGUAAGUUUAAUAUUGUUGAAAGUCUUCGGUCGAAUUUCAGUGUUCUUCUUCCGAAUAUUGAUUCGCUCUCGAGAGUAUUAAAUUCGCCUGAGACUGAUGAUGAGGAUGAUGGCGGUGGGGGUGAAAAUGGUUCGCUAGUGUUUGAACGAGUGGCUUUACAUCGGAAUGCUUUUAAAAUCUAUACUUUCUUCCUUGUUCAUAUUGUUCUUGCUGAGGAAUCAAGUACCUCUUCUAGUAAUACCUCCAAAACGGCAGCUAGUAGCCGGAAGAAAAUUACAAUGAAUGCAUGGAGUUGGGAAGGACAACGAGGGAGGAUACUCACUUUGAUUGCCAACGCACUUGAGAUCAACCUAUCUUUGCUAUUUGGAUCCGCAGAUCCUGAUGAAAACUACCUUUCAUUCAUUGCAAAGAAUGCAUUUCUUAUGUUUGAGAAUCCUACACUGCUGAAAGAUUCUGAUGCAAAAGAUGCUUUGUGUCGCAUAAUUGGGAGUUGUGCUACUAAGUACCAUUACCUGGCACAAAUAUCUGCCUCCAUUAUUCAUUUGCUGCAUAAGUAUGAUUUUGUUGUCACUUCCAUGGUUGAUGCUGUGGUGGGGGCUCAUAAGAAGUAUAUUGAUGGGAGUUUGGCUACAUCUAUCAUAAGAGAAAUUGGAAGGACUAACCCAAAGGAUUAUGCUAAGGAUACAUCAGGUGCAGAAAAUAUCGGGCGCUUCCUUGUUGAGCUCUCUGAGAGGUUGCCAAAGUUGAUCUCAACAAACAUUGGGCUUUUAAUCCCCCAUUUUGGUGGAGAGUCUUAUAAGAUCAGGAAUGCUCUUUUGGGGGUUUUAGGAAAGUUGGUUUCUAAAGCAUUUGUAGAUGAAGAAGGUGAGAGCUCGAAGUCGGUUCGGUUGCGGACUAAACAGGCUAUGCUGGAAAUCUUGAUGGAGCGAUGUCGUGAUGUUUCAGCAUAUACAAGAAGUAGGGCACUACAAGUUUGGUCUGAUUUGUGUGAAGAGCAUGCUGUUUCAAUUGGUUUGUGGAAUGAAGUGGCUGCAGUGGCAGCAGGGAGGCUGGAAGACAAGAGUGCUAUUGUGAGAAAAUCAGCUUUAAAUUUGCUCAUUAUAAUGUUACAACAGAAUCCGUUUGGGCCUCAACUUCGCAUAUCGUCUUUUGAAACAGCACUAGAUGAAUACAAGAAGAAGUUGAGUGCUCUCCAGCCAGACUUACCUGCAGAAAAGGCUGUAGAUGGGGUGCCAUCUGACAAAGACAACUGUAAUGAGGAUGGUGAUGGUGAAGUUGAUCAUGCAAAUGCUGAAGUCAGAUCUCAUGAUCUAUCCAAUAGUGUAACUGAUAGCUAUUCGUCGCAGGUUGAAGAAAGAAACGUUCUGAAAGAUAACGCUUUUCCUGAUCUUGGAAAUCUGGAGCAGACCAGGGUUCUUGUAGCUUCUCUUGAGGCUGCGGUGUGCUUUUCCAAAUGUCUGUCAGCUACAAUGCCAACCCUUGUUCAAUUGAUGGCUUCUUCCUCAGCUACAGACGUGGAGAACACUAUACUCCUACUUAUGCGAUGUAGACAGUUUCAGAUUGAUGGAUCAGAAGUUUGCCUCCGCAAGAUGUUGCCUCUGGUUUUCUCUCAGGACAAAUCCAUAUGUGAGGCUGUGGAGAGUGCUUUCAUCACCAUAUAUGUUACAAAGAACUCACUGGAAACAGCUAAGAAUCUAAUAAAUCUUGCAAUAAAUUCAAAUAUUGGAGAUCUUGCUGCUUUGGAGUCUAUACUUGGUACUUUAGUUCUCAAAGGGGAUAUACCUUCUGCAACAAUAUCUGCUUUGUGGGACUUCUUUUGCUUUAAUUUACCCAGAAUUACAGCAGAGCAGUGUUGUGGUGCCUUAAUUGUUCUCUGUAUGGCUGCAAAGUCGUCAAGCGAAAUUUUAGGAUCUCACUUACAAGACAUUAUUGAUAUUGGAUUUGGCCAAUGGGCAAAGAUAGAUCCUUUACUGGCAAGAACUGCAUGUAUUGCUCUACAGAGGCUAUCGGAAGAUGACAGAAAAAAACUUCUGGCAAAUAAUGGGAGUCGUGUAUUCAGCGCAUUAGGGAGUCUAAUUACUGGUUCUUUGCUGCCUGAAAACAUCUGGUACAGUGCUGCUGAUAAAGCAAUAGGUGCAAUUUAUGCGCUUCAUCCAGCCCCAGAAAUUAUUGCUGCUAGAAUGGUUAAAAAAUUGCAGAGUUCUGUCUUCAAUAUUGGUGAAUUUGAUCUUUCACAGCAUGACGCGGAUAAUGGGAAUGCUAAUUUUCCGCGCACAGUUCAAGUUGGCAAACUCAGUAGAUAUUUGUUUGUUAUAAGUGAAGUGGCCAUGCAUCAGCUGGUGUAUAUUGAAUCUUGUGUCAGAAAGAUUCAGAAACAGAAGGCGAAGAAGGAGAGAGAGAAUGCUGAAAGUUGCUCAACACUUGAGGCUGCAAAGGAUGAUGGUAUAAAUGCUGAAUUAGGUGUUGCUGCCUCAGAAGAUGCGAUACUUGAUUCACUUGCUGAGAGGGCUGAGAGAGAAAUUUUAUCUGGUGGUUCAGAUGAAAAGAACUUGCUUGGUCAUUGUGCACCUUUUCUGUCAAAGCUGUGCAAAAACUUUUGUUUGAUGCAGAAGAAUCCGGAACUGCAAGCAGCUGCUAUGCUUGCUCUAUGUCGUUUCAUGGUAGUGGAUGCGACUUUUUGUGAAGCAAAUCUCCAGUUACUGUUCACAGUUGUUGAAAAUGCAUCAUCAGAAACUGUUCGAUCAAAUUGCACCAUAGCUCUGGGUGAUCUGGCUGUUCGUUUUCCUAAUUUAGUUGAACCAUGGACUGAACACAUGUAUGCCAGGUUGCGUGAUUCUUCAGUUUCCGUUCGGAUUAAUGCUAUUUUGGUGCUUUCACAUCUUAUCUUGAAUGAAAUGAUGAAGGUCAAGGGUUAUAUAUAUGAAAUGGCUCUUAGAUUGGAGGAUGAAGAUGAAAGAAUUUCAAACCUGGCAAAGCUCUUCUUUACUGAGUUAGCAAAGAAAGGAUCAAAUCCAAUAUAUAAUUUACUUCCUGAUAUUCUUGGCAAGCUUUCUCUACAGAAUUUGGAUAGGGAAUCAUUUUGCAAUAUUAUGCAGUUUUUGAUUGGGUCCAUUAAAAAGGACAAACAAAUGGAAGGCUUGGUUGAGAAGCUUUGCAACCGGUUUAAUGGUGUUACAGAUAGCAGUCAGUGGGAAUGCCUUGCGUAUUGCCUUUCUCAGUUGUCGUUCACCGAUAAAGGGAUGAAAAAGCUAAUAGACUCAUUCAAGACAUAUGAACACGCUUUAUGUGAGGAUUCUGUGACGGACAAUUUCAGAAACAUCAUCAUCAAGGCCAAGAAGUUUGCAAAACCUGAACUUAAAUCAGCUAUUGAGGAGUUUGAAGAAAAGCUCAAUAAGUUUCAUUCGGAGAAGAAGGAGCAGGAAGUCACAGCACGAAAUGCACAAGACCACAAAAACAGAAUUGACGGCUUAGGAGAUUUUACUGUUGCUGAUAAGAUCAAACAUGAAAAUGGAGAUGCUACCAUCCCUGAAGACGGUGAAGUCAUUGAUGCUUCUGAUGGACCAUGUUUGAAUGACAUCACAAAUUCAACUGUUGAUCAUGUAGAAGAUUGUUCUACAAUUACCAGUGAUUCGACACAGACGGAAGCCAAUGAUGAUGAAGUCCUGUCUCCAAUAGUUAAUAAAAAAGAUGUACCGAGUUCUAGAAGCAGGAAAUCAAGGCCGCGGAAUCAGAAGGUUGUAAACACUACAUCAGUUAGGACUAGGAGUACAAGGUCAAAACAAAGUUGAGCAUGGCGAAGAUCUACAGUCCUCCUUGGUGGUUUUUUACAUGAAUUGUUUUCGAAUUCAGUGAAAGGAAGAGACCAUGCUGCAAAUUGUCAUUCAGCUUUUGGCUUGCAUUCUAAUGUGAAUAGUUAAUUUAGUAUAUUUAAAUUACAAGGCAGGCUGAGUGAAGGAAAGCUAGGUGAGAAUAGUUGAUUUAGUUAGUAACGUUCAUGUUUGGAGAUCUCCUCCACUCACCGGUCACCGUCGCCAGUCGCCAAUUUCUUGCCAUGUGAAAGUGUCAAACAAUUUUUGUUACAUUUGUUAUGUAAAUUAAAAUUCAAUAUAAUUGUAACCCAAUACUUAUGAAACUGCUUGAACUUUGAAUA